UUUCGUUGUUGAUUUUUUUUAAAUUUCCUCUUCAAAACAGAUCAGCUUCCUCCCUCCCUGCUGACGACAGAUGCUUGCGUGGGCUGUGGUGCCUCAGUGCUGCGACGGGACGCCACGACUGAUGGUCCCUCUCUGGAGCUAGACGGCGAUCCGCUGGUCAGCCAGUGACCAGGGUCACGCUGGCACCCCCCAGCCUCGGGUCUUGGCUCUGCCCAGAAAGUCCUGUGGCCCUGCGAGCCAUGGAGGCUGCAUCAGUGCUGAGCCCCUCAUCCUGGGAGAAGCGCAGAGCAUGGGUCCGGCAGAGCCGGUGCUGGCGUACCACUGUGCUGGAGGAGGAGGCAGCGGUGGUCGUGCGGGAUGUGUCCGGGCUGCAGCCACCGCAUCUAGACGAUGUCUUCUUCGAAGGAAGCCCCUCCAGCAAGAUUGAGACUUGGCUGCAGAAUUGUGGGGCAUCCAUGGAGGUCCUGCCUGAGGAGCCUGGCCUGCCUGCCCCCUAUGGAUGCAGUAGUAACGGGACCAGCUUUGAGGACGACUUGACACUGGGAGCAGAAGCUCUGUUGUUACCUGGGAAUGACAAAGCCGCUGGCAGCAGGACCCUGCUGGAGAAGCCCUGGCCAGGCCGGUACCUCCACCUCGGGCAAAGCAUGGCAUCCAGUGCCAUCUCCGGUGGCACCAACAAGACCACCUCCAGCGUCUCUGAGAUCCUGGAGCUGUGCCAGGAGGACGCUGAGGAGAUUCUCUACAACUUGGGCUUCGUGCGGGAUGAGCCUCAGGCCACAGCCCGGAUCCCGGCCCGGUUCUUCUCGGCUCCUUCCCAAGCCAAGGGCAUCGAUUUCCAGCUCUUCCUGAAGGCCCAGGUGCAGCGCCUGGAGAUGGAGGAUCCCUGUCUGACCCUGGCCAGUCGGUUCCAGCAGGUGGAGGCUCUGGCUGCGACAGCGGACGCCUUCUUCUGCCUCUAUUCCUACGUCUCCAAGACGCCCCUGCAGAAGAUCUCGCCAGCCCAGAUUUUCUGGGCCUGCCCAGAAAUCCCCAACUGCUGGGUCGUGCCUGCGAAGGCCGAGGCUAAGUCUCCCGUGGACCGUCUGAAGAAAGCCAUCUCCAAGAUGUGCCUGUACACCUCACCCAGAGCCGAGUCCCUGCGGAGAGCCAGCACGGUACCCAGCUGCCGGAGGAGCAUCCUGGGCAGGGUGGUGCAGGAGGUGCUGGAGAGGGCGAGGGAGGAGCGGUUCCGAUUUGACCAAACAGACAUAGAGGACAUGGAAGGGGCAGCCCAUGAGAUGCCCACGGGGACAUUCCAGUGCCAGCAUAGAGUGGAGAGCUCCUUCCAAGAGCCACCGUCACCAGAUCUGGCAGAGCAUGUUUCAGUGCAUCUCUGCCACAGAGGCGAGGCAGCCCCCACGCCUCCAGGAGGGAAAGGAGAGCUCCACACAGUGCCAGCCCCGCCAAGGCUGCAAUGGGCCCCGCAGGGGCUACCUGCUGGCACAGUUGGGGCGUGUACAGAGGGAGCGGGUAGUCCAGGCCUCCAGGAGAAGAAAGGCCCUGGAGAAGCCCCUAUGGAGAUGGCUCCUUCCAAAUGGGAGUUCUCCAUGGAUGCGUCCUGCCCCUCAGGGGGAGCAGGGUCUGAUGAGGAGAGUUCCUAUGCUGGAGGCACGGCUGCACCAUCUCCUGGGACACACUCCACGGCCACCAAAGCCCUGGGCACUGUCGGGACAACAUGGUUCCAUCCGGAGCCCAGAGAGGGGCUCAGAAGUGAGGCCGGGUUUGCCUUAGACUUGUCCAGGGCCCUGAGCACGGAUAAUGCAGGCUCCUGCGUCGCCCGGCUGCCCCACCCCGGGGGGCCUCCAGAGAAGGACGGGCUGGAGGCCUACAGAGAAGCUCUCAUGUGCCCAGAGGAGCUGAGGGCCGAAGGCAAAGGGCACUCACCGCUCAGAGGGAGCUCCUACGCGUGUGGCUCCCGGGACGUGGCACAUCCCCAGGGGCAGGACACCAAAGCCCCAGGGCCAGCAUUGCACUCCCUGGGGGAGGUGGCAGGCGGGGUCUCCAUGCUCCAUGGGCCUUGCUGGGCACCGACGCUGCCCCUCCAGGAGGAUGAUUCUUUUGAACUGGAAGAGGUGCAAAGCACCAGCGAGGAUGAGGAUGGCACCCCCGAGGCAGCAGCCUGGCUGCCCGCUCCCGCCUUGACGAGACACCGGAGGCGGUUCAUACUCCACGCCCACAGUGCGCAUUCUGACAGCAGCGGUUUUGUGGAGGAGCCGGCGCCCAACUCAACGCCCGCCACCCAGCUUUGUGACACAGCCUGCUCCGAGCUCGGCAGGCCAAUGGGGGGCCCCUGUGGCACAGGGCAGGCUGUGUAGGUCAGGACUCCCUGGCUGAGAGAACUCAUCUGAGCAGGAGGAAGAUGCCUGCUGUCUCCAGGCCACGCGCUCCUUCCACACAGCCUGUCCCAAGCCCCUUCAUGAGCCACAACAGGGUCCGGGCACGAUCCCUGGGGCAGCGGGAUCACAGCUUCCUGGGUCUGGGAAACGCUACAUCCCCUGCGUUCUGUGUCGGGGGGCGGGGGGUUGGAGCAGAGAGCGGGGCCUGGGAACAGCAGAAUUGUACCUCAAAUCCAGAAAGCACCAGGCAGCCAGGGCAACCCACGACCCUGGGCAUGGAGCAGGGGGAACCCACCAGGCAGCCAGAGCAACCCCAGACCUAGGGCAUGGAACAGGGGGAACCCACCAGGCAGCCAGAGCAACCCACGACCCAGGGCAUGGAGCAGGGGGCACCCACCAGACACCAGGGCAAUCCAGGGCAUGGAGCGGGGGCACCCACUAGGCAGCCAGAGCAACCCACGGCCCAGGGCAUGGAGCAGGGGCACCCACCAGGCCAAACCAUGGCGUGGAGUGGGGGGCACCCACCAGGGAUCUAGGACGACCCGGGGUAUGGAGCGGGGGCACUCACUAGGCAGCCAGGGCGAUCCAGGGCUUGGAGCAGGGGGCACCCACCAGGCAGCCAGGACAAGCCAGGGCAUGGAGCAGGGGGCACCCACUAGGAAUCUAGGAUGACCCAGGGUGCAGAGUGGGAGGGGCAUCCGCUCACAAGGGUGAACCUGGGGGCAGGUGGACAGCCAUGGUGACCCAAUGGUGCAGGGUGUGGUGGCAGGGGUACCCACCCACCAGUCAGCCAGGGUGACCCUGGAGCGAGGAGGAGGGGCAGCUCUCUGGUGUUUAAAAAAGAAAAGUUUACUCAGAACUUUUCCCCAAAACAGCAGAAAAUCAUCCUUCUUCCCCCAGCCCCUGGUUCGCCAGCGAGUUCAGUAACCCUUGGGGCACAGCGAUGGCCUUGCCAGGGUGAUGAUGGGGUGGAGUUAGGGGGGUUUCUCUGUCCUUGUUGAGUGCCCCCUGCUGGCACAAAUGGGGAAUUGCUCCACAGGCUCCAUGUGACCUGCGGCUCAUCACUCACAACCUCACUAGCACUUUGGAACUGGUUCUUGUUACACACGCUGUAGCACUUGCAACACUAGGACAGCUGGGAUCCUUCCCGGGACCAGCCCGUGCACAUUGUAAAUAAACACAUGAAGAGGA